UACAAGGAGGCGGGGCACAAGAGCAAGGCAUUGUACUCGCUUCUGCCGGAGACCCUGGAGACGGCGCACGCCAAGGACGCCCGCGAGCUCGCCAGCGAGGUGAAGUACAAAGAGGACGGUAAGAAGGAAAUGAGCGUCAACUUGUACUCGCUGCUGCCCGAAACCAUGGAGACGCAACACGCUAAGGAGGCAUCGGCACUGCGGAGCGAGGUGAAGUACAAAGAAGGAGUUGAGCAGAAGAGCACUUUGUACCAUCAUCUCCCGGAGACCGCCGAGACCAAACUGGCGAAGGAGCUAUCCCAGCUGCAGAGCGAGGUGAAGUACAAAGAAGGAGGGAAGAAGGAGAUCAGCAAGAGUCUCUACUCCUCGCUGCCUGACACGUUGGACACGCAGCACGCUAAAGACGCCGCGCUCCUGCUGAGUCAGAAAAAGUACACCGAGAGCAGUAAGAAGGAGAUGUCCCACAGCCUGUUCUCCACCCUGAGUGACACAUCUGAAAUCACCCUGGCCAAAGAGAUGAAGGACAUCCUGAGCGAGAGGAAAUACAAAGAGAGCGGCAGGAAGCAGCUCGCUCAGAGCCUCUACUCCCGACUGGCGGAUACGGCAGAGACGCGCUUUGCCAAGAGCGUUUCUGAGCUGCAGAGCGAGUUGAAAUACAAGAAGGGACAGAAAGACGUGUCCAAGUCCCUUUACUCCACGCUGCCGGCCACUUUGGAGACGCAGCACGCCAAAGAGGCGGCGGACCUGCAGAAUGAACGCAAGUACUCUCAGAAGAAGGAGCUGAAGUCAACGCUGUUCCACCUGCUGCCUGACACCUUGGACACGGCCCACGCCAGAGACGUCUCUGAGCUUCUCAGUCAGGUGAAGUACCAGGAGGACGGCAGGAAGGAGAUGAAUGUCAGCUUGUACUCGCUGCUGCCACAAACCAUCCACACGCAACACGCUAAAGAACUUACCAGUCUGCAGAGUGAGGUGAAGUACAAGGAAGGUGUGAAGGAGAAAAUGCAGAACAGUUUGUACCAUCAGCUCCCACAAACCCUUGAGACCCAGCAGGCCAAGCAGAUGUCAGAGCUGCAGAGCGAGAGCAAGUACAAGUCUGCAGGUCAGAAGGAGCUCCGCAGCUCUCUGUACGCCGCCCUCCCUGUCACCAUGGAGACGCAGCGCGCCAAAGACGCCGCCGAGAAGCUCAGCGAGGUCAAGUACAAGGAGAGCGGGAGGAAGGAGAUGUCCGCCUCGCUUUACGCCACUUUGCCCGACACCUGCCAGACCAGCUUCAGCAGGGAGAUGACGCACCUGCAGAGCGAGAACAAGUACAAGGAGGACGGGAGGCGGAAUCUCUCUCAGAGCUUCUACUCUCAGUUGGCGCAGACGACCGAGACGCAGUUCGCCAAGAGCGUCGGCGAGCUGCAGAGCGAGGUGAAGUACAAGGAGGACGCCCAGAAGGAGAGGUCGUCCUCGCUGUUCUCCGGCCUCCCUCAGACGCUCCACACGCAGCGGGCCAAGGAGGUGACGGCGCUCCAGAGUCAGGUGAAAUACCAGGAGGGCAAGAAAGACGCCGCCUCGUCUCUCUACCACCUCCUACCGGAGACCUUGGAGACACAGCUUGCCAAACACGUGUCCGAAAUCCAGAGCGAGACAAACUACAAGAGGGACAAAGACGAGCUGCCCAACUCGUUGUAUUCGCUGCUUCCACAAACGUUGGACACCCAGUUUGUCAAAGACAUGGCGGAGACGCACAGCCAGUCCAAGUAUACGCAAGAAGCCAAGCAGCAGGCCACCACGUCUCUGUACGCCACACUGCCCGAAACCAUGGAGACCAAACACGCCAAGGAAGUGAGGACGCUGCAAAGCGAAACACACUACAAAGCGGAGGGGAAGAAGCAGAUGACGGCGCCGCUUUACUCUCUGCUUCCUGAGACCUCAGAGACGCAGUUGGCCCGAGAUGUGGCGCUGAUCCAGAGCGAGAACAAAUACAAAGAGAGCGGGAAGAAGGCGCAGACCGUCAGCGUCUACUCACAGCUGCCAGACACCAACCACAUCCUGUUUGCCAAGAGUGUGUCUGACAUCCAGAGCCAGAACAAGUACAAGGAGGCGUGCAGGAAACAUGCGUCCAGCUGUCUGUACGCCAAGAUGCCGGACACUCUGGAGACCCAGCAUGCUAAGGAAGUGUCACAGCUACAGAGUCAGGUGGCCUACAAGCACAGGGAGGACGCCAGCAGGCCGCUCUACCACCAGCUGCCUCAAACCAGCCAGACGCAGUCGGCCAAGGAGCUGACUGACCUGUACAGUCAGGUGAAGUACAAAGAAGACGGCAAGAAACAGAUGACGACAAACUUGUACUCGCUCCUUCCUGAGACCGCUGAGACUCAGUUUGCCAAACAGAUGUCAGAGUUGCACAGCCAGACCAAGUACCAGAAGGACAAAGAAGAUCUGUCCAACGCUUUGUUCUCGCUGCUGCCCGAGACCCUGGACACUCGCUUUGUGAAGGACAUGGCUGACACUCACAGCCAGGUCAAGUACAAGGAGGCGGGAAAGGAGGCGGCCAGCAGCGCUCUGUACCAUCAGCUGCCGCAGACCGCCGAGACGCUUCAUGCCAAAGAACAAUCUGAGCUGCAGAGUCAAAACAAGUACAAGCAGAGCGGGAAGGAAGCGUUGGCGUCCAGUCUGUACGCUCAGCUGCCGCAGACGGCCGAGACGCAGCUCGCCGCCAAGAUGUCGGAGCUGCAGAGCGAGGUGAGCGCGCGUGCGCACGCCAUGACGCCCGCAUCAGGUUUUCAAACCGUGGUGUCUUUGCAGACUAAGUACAAGUGGGAGGGCGUCAGGAGCGUCGGCCGUAGCGCCUACAGUCAGCUGGCGGUCACCACGGAAACGCAGCUCGCUAAAACGCUCUCAGAGCUCCAAAGCGAGAUGAAAUACAAGGAGGCCAGCAAGAGGGAGGCGGCCAUCAGCCUCUACCACCGCCUGCCUGAGACCAUGCAGACGCUGCACGCUAAGGAGGCCAUGCAGCGGCAGAGUCAGGUCAACUACAAGGUGAAAGGUCGGGGGUCAAAUAGCAGCAGCCUGUACUCCCAGCUGCCUGAGACCCAGGAGAUGAAGUUGGCUAAAGCGGCCAUGGAGCUGCAGAGUGAGAAUAAAUACAAGGCCAAAGGUCGGCCGGAGAGCGGCGGCAGUGUGUUUCACCAGAUGGCCGAGACCAACCAGACGGAGUUCGUCAAGCGCAUGUCGGAACUUCAGAGUGAGACAAAGUACAAGAAGGACAAAGGAGAUCUGUCCAACACGUUGUUCUCUCAGCUGCCCGAGACCCUGGACACUCGCUUUGUGAAGGACAUGGCUGACAUCCACAGUCAGAGUAAGUACAAGGAGGCCAGUAAGAAGGAGAUGGUCAAGAGUUUGUACUCGCUGCUGCCACACACCAAAGACAUCCAGCAUGCCAAGGAACAGAGUCUGCUCCUCAGCCAGAAGCUGUACAAGGAGGAGGGCAGGAAGGAAGCGGCCUGCAGUUUGUACGCGCACAUGCCCCAAACCAUCCAGACCGUCUUCGCCAAGGAGCUGAGCAAGGCACAGAGCGACAAGUUCUACAAGGAGAAGUUUAACCGCGAGAAAGGCAAGUCGGGCUACGCCAACAUGGAGACGCUGCCCGAGGUGGAGCACGCCAUGGAGGUCAACAGGAACCAGAGCGACGUCAGCUACAGGAAGGGGAGGGAGGAGCUUUGCCGCUACAACACGGCGCCCGACAGAGCGGACAUUGUCAGCGCAACCAACGCGGCUAAACUGGCCAGCGACGUGGCCUACAGGAGUAAUGGCAGGCAGCUGGUCUUGAGCGACGCGUCACUUCUCGCCCGGACGGACAUCCAUCACGCCAAGGAAGCGUCCAAGCUGGCCAGCCAGGUGAAGUACAAGCAAGCAUCAGAGCCGCACGCUCGACCUCGUUACAACCCUCUGGAGUGCCUGUCCUUCAAACACACACAAGCGGCGGCGGCGCUCGCCAGUCAGGUGAGGUAUAAGAGCAACCAGAAACCAGAAGGUUCCUCAGACCUGCCGAACCUCCUGCAACUGGAACAUGUGCUGCACGCCAGCAAACUGCAGAGCAACGUGGAGUAUAAGAAGAAGUACGAGGAGAACAAGGCUCAGCACCACAUGGCUCUGGACACGGCUGAACAGCGCCACCACAAGGAGAACGCAGUGCUGCACAGUCAGGUGAAAUACCGCCAGGAGUACGAGAAGAGCAAAGGCCGCACACGCGUGGAGUUUGCCGACCCGCAAACGUACAAAGUGAUGAAGGACGCCCAGAAGAUGCAGAGUGAGAGGGAGUACAGGCGGGACUACGAGGAGCACAUGAAGGGGAAAGCCUUGGUGGACGUGGACCAGACGCCGCAAUAUCUGACAGCCCGGCACGCCAGCGAGCUGCUGAACGAGAAGGAGUACAGGAAGGACUUGGAGCAGGAAGUCAAGGGGCGGGGCUUAUCCGGCGUGGGCCUGGAGGAAACACCCGAGCUGCUGAGGGUCAAAAACGCCAAUCAGAUUCUAAGCGAGAGGGAGUACCGCAAGGAUCUGGACACGGAGAUCCUGGGGAAAGGAAUGGAACUGAGCGGGGACGUCCUGGACGUCCAAAGAGCCUUGAAGGCGUCAGCGAUCCAGAGUCAGAGGUCCUACAAGCAGACGGAACAUCUCAGCGAGAACUCGUACGGGACCAUCACUGACACUCCGGAGCUCCUGCACGCCUCCUACCUGAAAGACGUGUACAGUCAGAGGAAGUACAAGGACGAGGCGGAGCGUCUGCGGGGCCGUUACAGCGUCCUGCCGCACACUCCCGAAAUGGAUCGCGUCAAGGCCAAUCAGAGACACGUCAGCUCGCUGCACUACUGCUGGGACUCCAAGCUCAUGAGAGGUCUGAUGUCCUCAGUCGCGGAGACGCCCGAGAUCGUCCUCGCCAGGGAGAACGCCAAGAAGAUCAGCGAUGUCCAGUACAGAGAAGAGGUGGGCUGUGGGACCGCCGUCACGGACACACCGGAGAUGAAAAGAGUCCGACGCAACCAAGAGAACAUCAGCUCAGUGAGGACGAGGAAACGCACUCAUCCGCACUUUGGUGUAUUCACGUCAUGACGUGUGUGUGUGUGUGUUCUGGCAAUGCUUACUUAAUGGGGACAUCGCUCUGUUUACACAGUCACCUUUAGGGGACCUCUGAUGGUAUGGGGACAAAAAAACAGGUCCCCUAAGGGGAAACCUUUUUAAAUGAUAGUCAGAUCCAUUCUGAAGAUGCCUAAGUGAUUUUUAAGCUUUGGCC